CAGCCCCUUCUCUUGCCAGAGUAGUCGCGACGCUCCUGUCAGGCGGUUCGGUCCCUCCUGUUAUCCUCGCCCUUUUAUUUCUCCCCUCUCCCCGCCCCGCCGCUCCUCUUUGUGAUGCCGCUUUUCCCCGGCCUUGGGGCUCCGUGAUGGGGCUGGGCGGUCUCUACCCCGCUGGCUUCGUUGCCGCUCGUUGUUCCCCGCCAGGCUGCUGAUUUGACGGCGGCGCCGGUGUCGCCUCCGCCCUUGACUGCACUGAGGAGAGAAAAGCUGUGGAAGUCCUUUGCUCAUAAUUUCUGGAGUACACACAAGAGACCUGCAAAAUGUCAGGCGCUUCAGUCAAGGUGGCUGUCCGGGUCAGACCCUUUAAUUCCCGAGAGACCGGCAAAGAUUCCAAAUGCAUCAUACAAAUGCAAGGCAACUCAACCAGUAUUCUCAACCCAAAGAAUCCCAAGGAAGCACCCAAAUCCUUCAGCUUUGACUACUCCUACUGGUCUCAUACAUCGCCCGACGAUCCUUGCUUCGCAUCUCAGAAUCGUGUGUACAAUGAUAUUGGUAAGGAGAUGUUGCUGCACGCCUUUGAAGGCUACAAUGUCUGUAUCUUUGCCUAUGGCCAAACUGGAGCUGGGAAAUCCUACACGAUGAUGGGGAAGCAGGAGGAGAAUCAGGCAGGGAUCAUACCACAGCUCUGCGAAGAGCUGUUUGAGAAGAUCAAUGACAACAGCAAUGAGGAAAUAUCUUACUCUGUGGAGGUCAGUUACAUGGAGAUCUACUGUGAGAGAGUCCGUGAUCUGCUGAACCCCAAGAACAAGGGGAAUCUACGUGUCCGGGAGCACCCUCUGCUCGGGCCGUACGUGGAAGACCUGUCAAAACUUGCUGUCACUUCUUACACUGAUAUUGCGGACCUCAUGGAUGCUGGGAACAAAGCUAGGACGGUGGCAGCUACCAACAUGAAUGAAACCAGCAGCCGUUCCCAUGCAGUCUUCACUAUUGUUUUCACGCAGAAGAAGCAUGACCUUGAAACUGACCUUUCCACUGAGAAGGUUAGCAAAAUUAGCCUCGUGGAUCUUGCAGGGAGUGAGAGGGCAGACUCCACUGGUGCCAAAGGGACCCGAUUAAAGGAGGGAGCAAAUAUCAACAAGUCUCUCACCACCUUGGGAAAAGUAAUUUCAGCCUUAGCGGAAGUGGAUAACUGCACCAGCAAGAGUAAGAAGAAAAAGAAGACUGAUUUUAUUCCAUAUAGGGAUUCUGUGCUGACGUGGCUGCUUCGGGAAAACCUGGGUGGCAACUCAAGAACGGCCAUGGUGGCUGCUCUGAGCCCGGCAGACAUAAACUACGAUGAAACACUAAGCACUUUAAGAUACGCUGAUCGGGCAAAGCAGAUCAAAUGCAAUGCUGUUAUCAACGAGGAUCCCAACGCCAAGCUGGUGAGGGAGUUGAAGGAGGAAGUGACACGGCUCAAGGACCUCCUCCGUGCUCAAGGGCUCGGAGACAUUAUUGACAUUGAUGCAUUGGACGAUUUCUCUGGCAGUGGAGGCAAAUAUCUGAAAGAUUUUCAGAACAAUAAACACAGAUACUUGCUAGCAUCAGAGAAUCAACGUCCUGGCCAUUUUUCCACAGCAUCCAUGGGCUCCCUCACUGCAUCCCCAUCUUCCUGCUCUCUCAGCAGCCAGGUGGGCUUAACGUCAGUCUCCAGUAUCCAAGAACGGAUCAUGUCUACGCCUGGAGGAGAGGAAGCCAUUGAACGUUUGAAGGAAUCUGAGAAGAUCAUUGCAGAACUGAAUGAGACGUGGGAGGAGAAACUGCGGAAGACAGAGGCGAUUAGGAUGGAGAGAGAGGCUUUGCUGGCUGAGAUGGGAGUCGCCAUUCGAGAAGACGGAGGAACCCUUGGUGUUUUCUCACCUAAAAAGACACCUCAUCUUGUCAACCUCAACGAAGAUCCCCUCAUGUCAGAGUGCCUACUUUACUACAUCAAAGAUGGCAUAACCAGGGUUGGCCAGGCAGAUGCUGAACGCCGUCAAGACAUCGUUCUCAGCGGGGCUCACAUCAAAGAGGAGCACUGUAUUUUCCGGAGCGAGAGAAACCAUAAUGGUGAUGUGAUUGUUACCCUGGAACCUGGUGAACGGUCUGAAACCUAUGUCAACGGCAAGAGAGUGGUGCAAUCUGUCCAGCUGCGCUCAGGAAAUCGUAUUAUUAUGGGCAAAAACCACGUGUUCCGCUUCAACCAUCCUGAGCAAGCACGGGCUGAAAGGGAAAAGACUCCAUCAGCAGAGACUCCCUCAGAACCAGUAGACUGGACUUUUGCUCAGAGGGAAUUGCUGGAGAAACAAGGAAUUGAUAUGAAACAGGAGAUGGAGAAAAGACUUCAAGAAAUGGAGAUUCUGUACAAGAAGGAAAAAGAGGAAGCAGAUCUCUUGUUGGAGCAGCAGAGGCUGGACUAUGAGAGUAAGCUCCAGGCUUUACAGAAGCAGGUGGAGACCCGGUCUUUGGCUGCCGAGACCACAGAGGAGGAGGAGGAAGAAGAGGAGGAGGUACCCUGGACUCAGCACGAGUAUGAACUAGCCCAAUGGGCUUUCCGGAAGUGGAAGUUCCAUCAGUUUACUUCCUUAAGAGAUCAGCUGUGGGGGAACGCAGUCUAUUUGAAAGAAGGCAAUGCAAUCAGCGUUGAGCUGAAAAAGAAGGUGCAGUUCCAGUUUGUCCUUCUGACCGACACGCUCUACUCCCCAUUGCCACCUGAAUUGCUGCCACCUGAGUCGGAGAAGACCCGGGACAACCGCCCUUUCCCUCGGACAGUGGUGGCUGUGGAAGUCCAGGAUCUGAAGAACGGUGCAACUCAUUAUUGGUCCCUGGAAAAACUCAAGCAGAGACUGGAGCUGAUGCGAGAGAUGUACGACCGAGCAGGAGAAAUGGCCUCCAACACACAGGAGGAUAGUGAGAGCACCAUGACUGGGAGCGACCCUUUCUACGAUCGAUUCCAUUGGUUCAAACUUGUUGGGAGCUCCCCCAUUUUCCACGGCUGCGUGAACGAGCGCCUGGCUGACCGCACGCCCUCCCCCACUUUCUCCACGGCCGACUCUGACAUCACCGAGCUGGCUGACGAGCAGCAGGAUGAGAUGGAGGACUUUGACGACGAGGCCUUUGUGGACGAUACGGGCUCUGACGCAGGGACUGAGGAGGGAUCGGACCUCUUCAAUGAUGGGCAUGACCCGUUUUACGACCGCUCCCCCUGGUUCAUUUUAGUGGGAAGGGCCUUUGUCUACUUGAGCAAUCUUCUCUACCCAGUCCCACUCAUCCACAGAGUGGCCGUAGUCAGUGAGAAAGGGGAAGUGCGUGGAUUCCUGCGUGUGGCAGUCCAAGCUAUAGCUGCUGACGAAGAAGCCCCUGACUAUGGAUCUGGUGUUCGGCAGUCGGGCACCGCUAAAAUCUCAUUUGAUAACGAGUACUUUAACAAGAGCAACUUUACGUCGGUUGCGAUGACCCGCUCUGGGUUGUCCUUGGAGGAACUGCGAAUUGUAGAAGGUCAGGGCCAGAGUUCAGAGGGCAUCACACCUCCUGAGGAAAUCAACAGAAUGAAUGAGAUGGACCUGAAGUCUGGCUCGUUGCUGGAUGGCAAGAUGGCCAUGGAAGGCUUUACCGAAGAAGUUGGUGACCACCUAAAACUGGGCAGCGUCUUUACUUUCCGGGUGACAGUGCUGCAAGCCAGCGGCAUCCUCCCGGAAUAUGCAGACAUCUUCUGCCAAUUCAACUUUCUGCAUCGACAUGAUGAAGCAUUCUCUACUGAACCUCUCAAAAACAAUGGCCGAGGGGCCCCUCUUGGUUUUUAUCACGUCCAGAAUAUUUCUGUGGAAGUGACAGAAUCCUUUGUAGAAUACAUCAAGACGAAGCCUAUAGUAUUUGAAGUCUUUGGACAUUAUCAGCAACAUCCACUCCAUCUUCAGGGACAGGAUCUCAACAGCCCCCGACAGCCAUCCCGCCGAUACUUCCCUCCCCCCAUGCCUCUCUCAAAACCAGUCCCAGCUACCAAGCUCAACACAGUGAGUAAGCCCAGCUUGGGACAGAGCAUGACAAAAUACGACCUCCUUGUCUGGUUUGAGAUCAGUGAGUUGGAGCCGACUGGAGAAUACAUUCCCGCUAUUGUUGACCACACUGCAGGUCUACCUUGCCAGGGGACGUUUCUGCUUCACCAGGGAAUCCAGCGCCGGAUCACAGUCACCAUCAUCCAUGAGAAAGGAAACGAGCUACACUGGAAGGAUGUGCGAGAGCUGGUGGUUGGGCGCAUCAGAAACAAAGCCGAAGUAGAUGAAGCUGCGGUGGAUGCGAUCCUGUCUCUGAAUAUCAUCUCUGCAAAAUACCUGAGAACUUCCCACAGCUCUAACAGGACUUUCUACCGUUUCGAGGCAGUCUGGGACAGUUCCCUCCAUAACUCCCUCCUUUUGAACCGGGUGACCCCCUAUGGAGAGAAGAUCUACAUGACCCUCUCAGCUUACCUGGAGCUGGACCACUGCAUCCAGCCAGCUGUCAUCACCAAGGAUGUCUGCAUGGUUUUCUACUCUCGAGAUGCCAAGAUUUCACCCCCUCGCUCACUGCGCAGUCUCUUUGGCAGUGGCUAUUCCAAAUCCCCAGAUUCCAAUCGAGUCACUGGGAUCUAUGAGCUGAGCUUAUGCAAGAUGGCAGACACAGGAAGCCCAGGGAUGCAGAGGAGGAGGAGGAAAGUCCUGGACACUUCUGUGGCCUACGUCCGUGGAGAAGAGAACCUGGCUGGGUGGAGGCCCCGUGGAGACAGCCUCAUCCUGGAGCACCAGUGGGAGCUGGAGAAGCUGGAGCUGUUGCACGAGGUCGAGAAGACUCGCCACUUCUUGCUGCUGCGGGAGAAGCUGGGUGACAGCAUCCCCAAGUCCCUGAGUGACUCGCUGUCCCCGAGCCUCAGCAGCGGCACCCUCAGCACCUCCACCAGCAUCUCCUCCCAGAUCUCCUCCACCACCUUUGAGAGUGCUGUCACGCCCAGCGAGAGCAGCGGCUACGACUCAGCAGACAUUGAGAGCCUGGUGGAUCGGGAGAAAGAGCUGGCCACCAAGUGCCUGCAGCUUCUUACUCACACUUUCAACCGUGAAUUUAGCCAGGUCUACAACAGCAUCAGUGAUUGUAAGCUGUCCGAUAUCUCUCCAAUUGGGCGGGACCCAUCGGUAUCAAGUUUCAGCAGCGCCACCCUCACGCCUUCCUCGACCUGCCCCUCCUUGUCUGAUUCAAGAUGCAACUCAGUGGACCAAAAGACCCCAGAAGCAAAUUCUCGUGCCUCCAGCCCUGGCCCAGAGGGGGAGCCACCCUUCCAGCUGAUCCCACCCAUUGAAGCCUCUUACCUGGCGAGAGCAGGCAAAAAUGAGUUCCUGAACCUUGUUCCAGAUAUUGAGGAAAUCAGGCCUGGCUCUGUGGUAUCCAAGAAAGGCUACCUGAACUUCAAGGAGGCGCUCUCCCCAUCGUGGGCCAAGCACUUUGUGGUGGUCCGGCGCCCCUACGUCUUCAUUUACAACAGUGACAAGGAUCCCAUUGAAAGAGGGAUUCUCAACCUCUCCACAGCUCAGGUGGAGUACAGUGAAGAUCAAGAGGCCAUGGUGAAGACACCUAACACCUUUGCCGUCUGCACGAGGCACCGCGGAGUCCUCCUCCAGGCCAUCAAUGACAAAGAUAUGAAUGACUGGCUGUAUGCCUUCAACCCGCUUCUUGCUGGCACGAUACGGUCCAAACUUGCCCGAAGACGCUCAGGACAGCUCAAAUAUUGAGUCUCUGGAGGGGUUCUCACCCGGUUCCCCAGCCCAAAUCUCUUAACACGCCUUCUGAUAUAGAUAGAUAAAGCGUUACCUCUCAUUUCUCUGUGAUUCUUGAAUUUCUCUCUCUUUCCUUGUAUGCAACCCUGUGGCUUUAACAUUCCUCGUCUCUCUCGCUGUCUCCCCACCAUCCUCCCUUCAGCACUUUCUCCAGCUAUUCUAAACCCUACCACCAUCUUUUUAUCACCCCUCCCCAUGCACAUACCUGUGCUGAAAAUAUUAUUAGUAGCAUGUGGCCAAACUGAAGAAAGUAACAAGGGGGAGGGGAGUGUUGGUGGUGACUUUCCAAUUUAUAUGCACGACUUUUUUGGGCAAAAAAAAAGAAGGGACACCCCCUAUUUUGUUUCUCUGGAUGCCCUUUUUCUUCAUUCCAAUUGACUUUGUGCAGCUCUCUGUGAUGUGUUUGUCUCUGUCUGGAAUACUUUUGUUUUGGAAGUCUCUGCACUGCUGCUGCUUUCAAGGCGAGGUCCUCUGCUCAUCGGCGAAUGCAGCUCUUUGUCCACACCUGGAGUGUGACCAAGAUAUUUCAAAUCUCCUUUUGUGAACACAGGCUUGCUGGCAAAUUUGGACCACUUUCCCACCCUGCCUACUUUGGCUUUUAAGACUUGUUACUUUUAAUUUUUAGAUUUCAGGGCCGCCUCCCUGCCUCAUGGCUCACCACCUUUGCCCGUGUCAUAAAGGGGGAACCUGCUACAGCCAGACAGGGCUGACCCAAGACAUUUUGUCCAUCCCCGCCCCCCAGCCACUCCACAUUCAGGAGCCAACUUGAAUCUUCCUUCAGUGUUGGCAGGACCAGGCCAUUGCAUCUGCUGACAGCAAGCUACCUUAGAGAGCACCUGACAGGCUACAUGACAAGCACACACACACACACACACACAGGGCUCUGUCCCCCCCAAUACAUUGCUACCUCUUCCUGCCCCCAGUUGGUUGCAUCCAAUGUUAGUCCUACUCAGAGUAGACUCACUGAAAUUAAUGGACACAAUUAAUGUAAGUUGAUUUCAAUGGGUCUGCUCUGAAUUGCUUACAACUCUCCAGCUUCGGCUGCCUGAGGCAGCUGCCUUGCUCUGCCUAUUGGUUGAGCUGGCCUUUCCAAGCUAUCGCUUUUUGGAGUGCACCAGGCUCUGCUUUCUUCCCCUUGGCCUGUGUGUCACUCAAUGCAAGCAAAUGAAUGAAACUACCUUUCGGAUGCCUUUGAUGCCCAGGUGCAAAAACCGUGCAUUGCACGGGGAGAUUAAGAUUGAUGGUUCCCGCCCUUGUGGUCUUCCUGUGUGCUGAGAUGGGCCCCCAUUGGCCUGAGCACACCUGCCACAGGCCCAAAGGUAGCUGGCCGAGCUGCGAAAAUCCAGCUUGGCCAAUGCUGGUCCCUUCUGUGCCGGAGUUCUUCAAUAUUGUGAGGCUGGUCCUGUCGUUAGGCAGAGCAAUUUGACCUUCACAGGCAGGUGUUUUUUGGUGGGGAUGGAGCAGUGGCAGUUAGGUUAACACAGAGGACAGAGCUCUGGGUUUGUGCCCACGUGGGCUGCUCUGCACCUUCUCAGCUGCCCUGCUGCCCUCAGUCACCAUGAAUGACACCUACAAUCCCCGCUUGAAGUAAGAGCUCACUGCUUGCCCCACCAGCUUCUGCACAUAGGAAGUAUGGGGCAAGGUGUCCUUUGCUUCAGGCAGCAGAAUGCUUCCGGCCACCCCCAUUUUCCCACCUGCGUCUCCAGAAGGGUGAAGAAAGGCAGGAUAUCUCUGAUGGCUCCUUUAAGAACAGGUCAAGGGCUCUGAAAAUUGGGAUUCAAUGUGGUUGUAUCCUCUUGGAAGAAGGUUUUUUUAAAACUUUACAAAAACUUGGCUUUUGUAGGGUAUUGCUUUAAAACCCAUCAGCCCCCUCUAAAAAUAAAUAAAUAGACUCUUUUAAAAACCCAAAUCAUUAUGCACUUUUUUUAAAAAAAGCCAAAUCAAUAUAACCUUUGCCAGCCUGGUGCUCUCCAGAUGUUUUGGAUGCCAACUUCCACCAGCCAGCACAGGGCUAAUGGGAGUUGUCCAAAACAUAUGGAGGGCACCAAGUCGGCAAAGGCUGAGAUGUGAGCAAAAGAGCUGUAUUGGGGUCCUUGUGCUUCAGGAAGAGGAUUGAAACAAAAUGAAUUCCCUACACCUCUGCUUUCUGCUGCAUACAAAACAUAUAAUCUGAACUAACAAACCUGUUUACACGCUCUCCCUUUUUAAUCAUUUUGUGUGUCUGAGUAGGAGAGGUUUUUAAUUUAGGAACAAACACCCCUCUCUGGAACUCUUCCACUCAUCCUGCAGAUUGUAAACAUUUUGUGCAAUUUGGUAGCCAAGGGAGGUUCACUUUAUGCUGGCAUGAAGCAGCCAGUCUCACCUAGGUAUGCUGGGUUCUAGGUCUCCCCACAUAAAUGAUCUUGUUCUAGUUGUCUCUUAGGUCUAGUUUUGUGGGAACACCGGCUGAGAUUAUUAAGUAGUGUUUGGGGCUGUGCCACUUGAGAUCACAAGCUGGGUCCCUGCACAAAUAGAUGCUUGUGCCUGUCAAAAUAGUUCCCUGAACAUAGAAAACCAGAAUAUUCUAACCCUUUCCCCUGACAUGCUAGCUUUUGGCAUGCUGGGAAUUAUUUUACAUGGUGGAACAUUUCAUCAUGCAGGCCUAUGUCUAAAGUCUGAAGCAGUGCAGGCAGUCCUCAUGCUCUGUAUGUAAGAACCACAAUUAAGUCUUCUUGAGCUCCCCACUAAAGAUUCUAAGUUUCUCUUUCUUGUGAGGUGAACUUGUGUUGUUAGGCUGAUUUUUCUUCAGAGGGGCCAUCUUUGCCCUCCUCUUUCUCCUUUCCAAGCUGGCUUUUACUCCUGUGGCUCACUGUGAUCAAGGAGGUGAUUUAAAGAGCAAUUUCAACCUUGUGGUUCAGAGGAACCAAAUUUGCAUGUUGGCAUUUUUUUAUGCAGCUUAUAAAAGCCAUCUAGUUUGGGGUCAGCUCAGGGAGGGAGUUUACCUACAAACCACCGUACUGAACAGAGACAUGCAGGCUUUAAGCACCAAGGAUUUUUUUCAUCAACAGAGCAACCUCGCUGCAUUAUUUUUUGGGGGUGGGGGAGGAAAUGUUUUGGCUCUGCCAUGUGACAUCAGGGAGUGCGCAGUGGUGCAGCACCAGGACAGAUGGGGCUUUCUUUAACAUUACCCUCCUCUCUCUCUCUCUCUCUCUCUCUCUCUCUCUCUCACACACACACACACACUCUCUCUCUCUCUCAUAUAACUUAUAUGCUCAGGUUGGAACUCCUCCUGACACUUUCUGUGGGUCUUGUGCACAACCUCUGCGCAGGGAAAAAAAGGACCAUCCUUGGAGGCCCAGAUCAUGGCAUGGGGUCUGUUUGUUCAAUGUGUUCUGAUUGUGUACGUCUCAGCAUAGUGAUUAAUGUUCCUUAUACAACGGACUCCUCACUGCCAACAUGUGUGCGCAUCGAUUGAGGCUGCUGGUUCAGGAGCUAAGCCGAUUGUGCGAUGGUUUUAAUUAUGGACUUAAAAGGUUUUAUGUGGGGUGCUAAGUUGCCAUAUCUGCUGCCUCUGACCAGUAACAAAAGUGGGGUGAACUGUGUGGAACCAGGAAACACCCCCCAGGAGGACAUUUCCUGGCAAUAUUAUGUGUACACUAAGAUAACUUUUUAAUGUAUUUGUUUUAUUGUUUAAACUUGGAACAAAACUAGCCUGCAAAGUCUUUGCUUUGGGAAGGAGGCCACUAUGGGGGGACUAUAAAUACAGGGGUUAUGUAUAAGCAUUAAGGGGGCUCUUCUUAAGCAGGAAGAGCAAGUGGAUGGUAGUGGAAACCAGGUGUGUCAUAGCAUACUCAGAAGCUGGGAAUUGUAGUGUCUUAUGUAAAGGUCAUAUCUCUACUAGGUCAGCUUAGGUUAGUUUAUAUAUGUAGCUCAGGUCGGCAAGAGGGCAAACAUCCAUUCUAAGCCACUGCUGCAUUGGCUGUUACAAGAGCAGAGCUGUAAUCUGCUUUGGAAACAAAGUGACACAAAAUUGUUUUUUUCUUUUCACAGCCAGUCCCUGGUCAGGCAUUUUGAGCAGUCCCUUGCCAAUUAUAAAAUAGUUCCUCUUAGCCAAAUGUCCCCCAAGCAAACAGAAAUGAAAUGUUUUCCCUUGCAUCUUCAAUUUGGUCCUACGUUUUCCACAUUCCAGGAAAGGAUGUGAACUGUGGGGAAAGGAGAAGGUGAGAAUCCAACCAGAGAGGUGCCAAAGCUCUGUUCGCUGUCACAGUCCUAGAGUCAGCCAGCUCUUAGGACCUGCCUACCAUCUGGAGGCUCUGCCCCAUGCCAUGGGCCAGCCAACCCACAGAGCAUGGGGCUGCAAACACAGAGCAAGCUUUGAGAUCACCUUUUGCACCUCCUGGGUGGGAUUUCCACUUUUCUCAGUCAAAGAAACAAUUUUUUUUCCUAAUGAAAGCAAAAACUGACCAAGCUGGGAGUUGUAAUGUUGGAACUUGAAAGUCAUAUAUAUAUUUGUUGAAUCAUAACCUUCUGAACCUUUUAAUAUGGGUUUUCGUUUGAAGCAAUGCACUUUAACCUUUCAGGCCAGUCCGCAUUCAGGAUGUUAUGGAAGGGGGGGGAGGGGGUGUCAGGCUCCAAACCUGUGGGAAGGUUUCUCCAAACACCCCUCCCACAAAUCCCCCUGAGGGCAUUUCAAAGCAAAGACUUUAUUCGCUGCUGCUUUACUGUCUAAUAAUUUACAGGGAAUAUUUAAUUUGUUUUUGUUUUUAAAGUAUAUAUAAAGUAAUGUGUAUUUAUGCAUCUGUAGUUUAUAUUGCACACUAAAAGUAGGGCGUCCUCUGGGCUGAUCUGCCCCUUGGCAUGCUCUGCCAUCACUUAAUACUGUCUAUUACUGCCUAUGCAUCAAGUGGUACAGUCCUCCUCUGCAUUAACAGCUGGCUGGAUGUUUGUCAUUCUCUUGGUUUUGUUUCUUUUUAACAUGCUGCUUUAAAAGAACAGGAAUAAAACUAAUUUUUUUUGAUGCUCUGAGGGUUUUUUUGUGAAUGUAUCUGAAACUGGACUUCACCUCGUGCAUGUGGAUAUCACAUUACUGCAGGAUGGCUCACUUCACCUUCACCCUCACCCUCCUGCCCAAGUCCACGGACCCGUCAGUCCUUCUGACGUUACAGGAAUGUAUCGAGAUUUGUGCUUCCUUAUACUAGAAACAUCAGCCAUUGGUGGGGGGUGAGACAGAAGCAGAUGUUUAAUUUCUUUGGUUAAGGAGGCCAUUUGCGAGUUUGAAGUGCAGUCACCGAUGACCAGUCUGAUAAUACUUGAAAGAAGCCUUGUGGUUGUGCUGGCGUUCGUUUUAUGGCCUGUACCCUUUUUUUGUUGUUGAGCAAGAGGGACAGCCCUGUCUCUUAGCGAAAGGGGAGGAGUUGUUCCGCCUUCUAUAUGGCUGACUCGUGGCCCUCAUCCAGGGAGGCUCUGAGUGACGUCUGCUAAAGCUAGAGAAGAUUACAUGUGCUCAUCCCACCCAGAACAGUUCUUGUGUGUUGUUUUCUUUCCCCCUAUUUAUUGACAACCUAAAUUCCAUGUGCUUUCCGCAUACACGUCUUUCUCAUAGGGCAUUUGUAUGUUUAAGUGGUUCCUUCUUCCCAAUGCCCACAGACAAACAUGCGCCUCGUUAACACAGACCACCCCUCCACCACCACAGUCACCUGCACAACAUAGGUGGCCUUCUGGAACCGAUCUCUUACCCCUUCUCUUUCAUUUUUUUAAAUUAAAAAUCAGUCUUUCCCUGGUUGAAAGGAAUACAUUCACAACACUGUACAUUUUUUUUAUUAAUUGACUUCGUUUUGUCUUUUUCUGUUCCUUCCCAUGUUUUAUUUUGUAAAUAUAUCUGAUGUUCGGAGCUUGGGUAUACAAAAUGUAAAUAUAGUUCAUGUAUUUGUACUAAUUCUGAUCCAUCUUGCUGUAUAGCCUUUAGGUGUGCAAUGCAGAUAACAAUAUCUAACUCCGUGUAUGGUAACCUUGCACCACUGAACGAGGUGAAAAAAAAUAAAGAUUAAAAAGCCAGUGGAUUAAACGAA